AUGCCAAUUUACUGGAAGAGAACGAAUGAUCGAUUUAAAGAUAAACCAUUUUCAACAGAAGGUAUUUGUACCUUAACGAAUAGUCCAAAGAAAGGAAUAAUAAGUUCAUUGAAACUUACUAUCAAAUAUUUUAUUUCAGUCCUUUUAAUUUUGGCCAUCCCAAGAUCCAAUAACUAUCCCUCUUUUAUAGAAUACGAGGUUAGCCAGAAAAAUUUAUUAAAAACAUUAGAUUUAAUAAGUAAAAGACUAUUGGGUGAGAGUGGAAGUUACAAUGUAUUAGGAGAAAAUGUACAUCAUAAUACGCAAAAUGUUAGAAAGAGAAGCGAAUACAAUAGUAACUCUCGUUAUACGUGGGGAGAACAUAGUGAUACAGAACCAUACACGUAUGGUGGAAUAUAUAAUAAUAUAGAUACUAGUGAAAGGAAUUAUAAAACAUGA